UACUGCGCUUUCCCUCUCUCUGCAUAGAGUUCUCAUUCUUCAAUUCUCAAGCAUUCACUUACUCCCUCAGCCUUUUCAAGUCUCUCGCUCUUCGCUUUGCUGGAAACAUGGCGGUUUUUUGGCAAACACCGACCUCUUGACGGCUCUUUCCCUCACGAGCUCACCUCCAAUACUCCCUUUUCCAGCCAGACCUCGAAGAAGCGCAAAAUGCUAGUGAAUGAGAUGAAUUCGCAGGCAUCAUCUGGACCUUCCUACGGGGUUUUUCUAAGUUUUCGAUGACUAGACACUCGUCAUGGAUUUACCGAUUGUAUUUAUCAUGCCAUGGUAGAUGCUGGGAUCCUUGUCUUUAGAGAUGAUGAAUCCCUCCGUGUUGGUGAGAAAAUUAGUGAUGAACUUCUACAAGCAAUAAAGAACUCGGAGAUUCACAUUCCCAUAUUCUCCAAGAAUUAUGCCGCGAGUCACUGGUGCCUUGAAGAGCUCACACACAUGGUUGAUUGCAACUCCAAAUCUGAGAAUAAAAAGAUUUUGCCCAUUUUCCUGGACGUGGAACCUGAUGAUGUCAAGCUCAAAACAAAACUAUACAAGGAAGCUCUUUUAGAGCACCGGAAAAAGUUAUGCACUGAAGUAGUAGAAUCAUGGAAAAAAGCUCUUAUUGAGGUGGGCGAGAUAAAGGGGUGGAACUUGAAGAAAGACGAUGGCCAAGGAGAACUGAUUCAUUCGGUAAUUUGAAUGGUUUCGGUUAAGCUGAAGGUUGCAUAUCAAAAUGUGAAUGAGCAUAUAGUCGGAGUUGAUGAUCGUGUAGAAGCUAUAAUCCAAAAGUUGGAUGUGGGAUCUGAUGGUGUACGGUUUUUCAGAAUCCACGAAAUGGGUGGUGUUGGCAAAACAACCCUCGCUAAGGUCGUCUUCAACAAACUAAUUUCUAGCUUUGACCAAUGUUGUUUCCUUGCAGAUGUUUGAGAAUCAUCAACAGGCAAAGAUGGUUUGUUAAAUUUGCAAAAAAAAUUGUUAUCCAAGCUCCUUGGUCCUCAUUCUAUCAACAAAAUUGAUGAUGUGAAUGAUGGGAUCAACAAGAUUAGAGAAGCACUUGGAAAUAAAAAUGUUCUCAUUGUUCUUGAUGACGUGGAUGAGAAAGAACAACUGAAAAGUCUUGCAGAAAAUGGCAGUUGGUUCGGUUUAGGUAGCAGGAUUAUUGUAACUACUAGGGACAAAAGUGUUGAUGCAGCCCACAUUGAAGACCGGCUCUCUCGACCAAGAAGAUCAGCCCGCAUUAAAGCUCGACGAAACCGAGAAGCCAUAACGACAUCUUGAGUCCAUCCUGGAAGUUGGAAAGACACCUUGCCACGAAGACUUAUGCUUUUACUAUUUCUGCUAAUUUUAAUGUCCUUCUUUAUUUCUCUUAGUUUUAAUGUUCUGUCUUUAUUUCUCCUAGUUUCAAUGCUCCGUCUUUAUUUCUUUGACGAUAUAAGCCCAAUUUCUUGUAG